AUGUACAUUGUGGGCAUUCUCUCAUGUUUAUGUAGUGUCCAAGCGACACAAGCACGGGGAUAUGACAUAUCAGCACAGAAAAUUUCAAAGUCAGGAAGAGGAAUAAUAGUUGCUGGAGUUCAUGGUUACUUCCUGGUCUUCAAUUUCCUAUGGGUGCUACUGAAAUUGCAGCCAUGGAAUGCAAGUUUGUGGGGUGAAGUUGAAGAGAUCUUGCAACGGAAAUCAGCUUUGGCCGAUCUUCAAAUUUUGAAUACGCCGUUGAUGUUCGUGAAGUGGCUGUACAGCUGUACGAUCUCAGAAACAAAAAAGAGUACCAUUCCAUUGCCGUUGGGCAUUGCCAGAACGAAAACGAUGGGAAGGUGUAGAGCAAAGAGUGACUACGAGGCUCUCAGAAAUGCACGCUUGUUAGAGAAUCAGGCUCGGUUAGCUUCUCUUGGUCUUCACAAAACAAUCUCUGAACUUCGAGACGCAACAGCAUCUGCUAAACCGAAACCUAAAAGAGCCUGGAAUAAAAGGGUUUAUGUUGUUACUCCCUUGCGUCGCUCCCAGAGAGUCAACAGAACUGACCUCAACGGAAACAGCAGCAACCUUCCACCCCGACGAUCUCAGCGUUUGAGAGGAAGUAUAACCGACCCUUCGUCUCCAAAAGAAGAGAAGGUAGAUGUAUCUGAAGAGGAGGGAGAGUGUGUUCCAUUUGGAUCAGAAGAGAAGAGGCCGGCGAAUGCACCGUUGAUUAAACUAAAGGGUGCAGAACUUCAACUCUCUGCUGAGUCUUCGGCUGUGCGCUGCAAUAGCAAGGGUAGAGGCAGUGUAUACAACCCUGUGUUUGGCAUAUGCUGCCAUUUCUGCAGGCAAAAGAAAUUAUGUGGUGAAGAAGACUGCAAAAGAUGUGGCAAUUUUGAUGUGAACGAGCCGUGCCUAGGAAAGACUGACUGUUCAGUAUGUCACUCUAGUACUGGUGUUUUCUGCAGAGCUUGCCUCAAGGUUCGAUAUGGUGAAGAAAUGGAGGAGGUGAGAGAGAAUAAACAAUGGAUGUGCCCUCAUUGCAUAGAAGCCAAAGGAAUAAACCCUUACUGGAUAUGCAACAGUUCACUGUGCCUGAAGAAGCGUAAUAUCGCUCCAACUGGAAUUGCAAUAUUCAGAGCUCGCCAAAUGGGAUAUGAAUCAGUGGCGCAUUUUCUAAUGGACGAACUCAAAAGAAGAGAUGCAAAAAAAGCACAAAACCUGAAGGAUAUAAGUUUGUAGUGUAAGAUCAAGGUUUGAUAUGGAUUUUAAUUAACAAAUAAUUCCUACUGAUAUUGACUUUUUAUAUAGUUUUCCAGAA